UUAUCUUCCAACCCCACUCUCUGUUGGGAGGAAAUACAGAAGAAUAUCCAGCACUGCAGCCCCACCACCUUUCCAAACCUCAUGGAUGGGUGUUGUGAUAUCUGCGGUGAUGUUGGGAUUGCAGAGACAAUCAUUGCAUGUGCUAAGUGUAAAGUUAACCAAGAACAUAUCUAUUGCAUGCGAGAGUACUGUGAGGGUCCCACAAAGGAUUGGCAGUGUGAGGAAUGCACUCAAAGAAAUGAGAAGCAAUUAUCAUGUGGGAAAAGCCGGAACGCUUCUCAGGUAUCACCAAAGACGAUAACCAAGAAUUUGCAGAGGGGUUCCCCGAGAAAAUUGAACCAGGGCCGUGGUCGUGUUAACUGGGAAAAUAAAGUUUUGAAAGGCAGAACAAAAUAUCUGUCCGUUCAAGAAGUACUCACCCUACCUAGACAGCAAAAUAAUUCUUCCAAUUUGAAGAAAACUGGCUACUCAACUCCACUGUCACCUAAGAAACACCCAUCAGCCCCACGAUCUCGUAAAAAACACUCAUCAUCCCGUUUGUCACCUAAGAAACACUCAUCAUCCCUAUUGUCACCAAAGAAACACUCAUCAACCCCAUUGUCACCCAAGAAAAAUAUAUCAACCCCACUUUCAUCUAAGAAGCACACAUCAACCCCAAUGUCAAGGACAGCUGUCAACCACGACGGCUCAUUUAUUCCUAAUUUUCAGCAUCCCAAGAAGCCCUGUGAGGUGGUAAAAGGUCCAGAUGUCAAGAAUUUCUCAAAUGAUCCAGUACUUUAUCCAUCUUGGAAGGGAAGCCUCACAGUCUGUGACACUCUAAACUUUCACGGGUUACAAGCUCAUCAUUCCUCAAAAGCGUGUAAAAAGCUCAUGGACUUCACCAAGCUGCUGCCUGAGGUUCUUGACUUCAAAUUGGUUCCAAGAGGUGAUGUGUGGCUCAAGCUAUUCAGUGACUAUUGCCCUACAAGAGAUGACAUAGGGCUCUUUUUCUUGCCUGGUGACAUGAAAAGGUCCAAGGAGUAUGCGACCCUUCUGAAGUUGAUAGGAGAGCAUGAUUUGGUGAUGAGAAAGCAGAUUGAAAACAUGGAAAUGCUGGUGUUUGCAUCCACAGUUCUGCAAGAGGACUGUCAGAAAGUGAGAGGGAAACACUUCCUGUGGGGAUUAUUUCGCCGUGCGGGUAAAAAAGAGAAAGCUGCCAAUAUGCAACGCGUAGUCUCAGAUAUCAACAGAACAGGUGGGGAAAAUGGGGGAGAAGUAGACGACAAUGAGGAGGCCGACAUGGAGAUUGACAUGGUAGGCGGGAAAAGUGUGGGAAAUGUGGAUGUUGUCAUGUGUAAAAGUUCCAGUGACAUUCAAGUGCAAUUUGAUCACUCUAGCAUUAACAGAGAACAGUUUCAAGAAAUUCCUCCUGGUUUCGAAAAACUAUGGAUGACAUCUUCAGGUUCCAAUACCUCAUUGAAUGUCAAAACAGAACCGUUUGAUGAUUUCCCUCCUGGCUUCAAACCACUGUGGACAUCUGGAAAGCCAUGAAAAUAGGGUGUUGGUAAAUAUAUAGAGUAACUCGUUCCACAGGUGCUGUAAAUUUUCUGAGGCUACCAGGUGGAUCCUAAUGUGUUUUUUUCUGAUGUGAUUUUACUUUUUAAAACGAAAAUGUAGCCUUGAUGGAUAUACUUGAGUUUGAUUUUUGUCAAUGUUUUUUUUGUUAUUUAAGUUCAAGUAAUUAGUUGUCA